GCACGGGAUACCGUUGCCCGUUGCCCACGAAAGCUUGAAGGCGCAAAAAAAUAUAUAAAUGCCGGGAAAAUAAACACAGUGCACAGAUGAUUUAAAAAUUCUUUUUUUUUUUCAAUUUGUGCCGUACACAGAGGUCGAUGUGGAAUUUUUCUCAGUUAAUUUGAACUAGUGGAUGCGCCAACAUGUGGCGUUUGGUGCUACUGCUGUGUUUGGCGACUCCAAGUCUGGGGCAGCAGAGUAAGCCCAACAGGGUGGUGAGCGUGGCUACCAAGUGCGACAAGGGUUCCAUCAUAGUGGACCUGGAGAUGGAUCGCCCGUUCAAAGGAUUAGUCUUCAGCAAAGAUUUCUCUACUGAAUGUCAAUCACAAGGCAGUCUAAACACGAAGAUAUCGCUACAUCUCCCAUCGAACGCGUGCGGUGUGCGAACAUCCACAUUAAACACCACCGAAUUUGAACCAGACGAAGAAGAACAAUUGUAUUAUAACGUGGAACUGGUCGUGCAAAUGGACAAACACUUGCAACAGUCUUCCGACCAGGAGAUCUUGGUCAAAUGCAAACUGCAAAGACGAGCAGUCCAAAUCGACAGUCCGGCGUUGGAAAGUGUAAUCAACAAUAAAAUAAGGGAAAUAGCCGGGCAAGAAAUAAAAAAAUCCAGAAUGGGUCGAAACCGUCAAGGUUUCGCGAGUUCGGCCGAAAUGGAGCAGCGUGAAAUGCUGAUGGAAGCGGCCCGAGCCUGGAUGGAAUUGUCUCCGGCCGCUGCUGCCACUGAACCGGCCACAGUCGAAGUGGGACAGCCCAUGAGAUUGCUUAUUCAAUGUACGCUACCUGUCGGAGUCGGGCUUCGCGUAACUAACUGCCUCGCUCACGACGGUCAAGGCGAAGCCUCACAGAAACUGCUCGACGAAGCCGGCUGUCCGAUCGACGAAUCAAUCUUCAACAAGCCCACCAUCCGCAGCCACAAGCAGAGGAGCAGCGAAAUCGAUUUCUCCGAACUCGAACCGGCCGAUACUCAGAGAAAUAUAGACGAGAGCUUAAGCGUUAAGCAAUCGAAGACCGAUCCAGAUUUUAUGUUAAAGAACAUAAUGACGUACCAACAUGCGGUUACGACGUUCGCUGCUUUCAAGUUUCCGGACAGAGCGAAAUUACAUCUCACUUGUGGCAUCGAGUUAUGUAAAGGGCAAUGCCCUCCUGUGGACUGCAAGGCGUUGCAGAAGCCUCAGCAGACUAGAGAUGGAUUAUUGAGGAAGGCGCGACUCGAUAAGGACGCGAGAGGAAUCGUCAUAGACAGACUGGAAGUCUACAAUAGUAUUGAGGUUCACGCACCGAAUAUUGAAUUAGAAGAUGAAGCUUCUAUACGGGGAUCGAGAAGGAUAGAAGAUGAAGAAUUUAUUCGCGGGUUUUCGCCGGGCGACAAAACGAUUUGUCUGUCUCCAGGGAAAAUGGCCUUAGCGUUUUGCGUGUUAGGAGUUAUUUUCCUUUGUGCCAUCGCGGUGGCCUUUGUAUCAUUGGUGCGAGCGAGACGGCGAUCGGGCCGAGAGCCUCUACACACGUCACUAUCAUUUUAUACGGGCAGUAAGAGUAUGUUCUCGUCAAGCGGGAGCUCUAGUUCUGGUCUCAGCGGUAGUAAAUUGCUGUUAACUGACAGCCCUUACAUGGAUCACCAUUCGUCGUCCAGUAAGAACUGGCCGUAUCCCAGGCCAUAUUGACGGGAAUUCCAGAAGCGACCAUGACUUCUAGCUUUUAAACGUUCUUUAUAUUUUGCCGCCUUAUUUGAAUAAUUCUACAGAACAGAAGUUUCGAUAUUUAAUAGAGAAAUCCUAUUUAGUGUCAAUAUCGAUUUUUACCAUCGAUAAAUGACUUAAGACUUACUUACAUAAUAUAUGUUAGAUAUCGCAUACAAUGAUUUUAUGCAAGUAGACUUAAAUAUGUCGUAGGCUUUGAAACAACGAAAACAAGCAUAAACUUUUGAAGAAAAAUAGUUUUCAAAUAUAAAAAAUUUCGUUUUACGAAUACUCGUAAUGUUGUAUGAGAAAUCGAAUGAGUACUCAUUAAAUGGAUCCAUUUGCCUUCGUAUUUCACCAUUCGACUAUAUGAUUUAUGUAAACGGGCUGACAUCAUAAUUACAUCACUAGUGGUAGGUACCGCCAUAUUUAUUUCUGCAAUUAUGCGUUCCUGUUUGAACGAUAAGCGUUAAAUAAAACAAUUGAGAUACCGAUUUCAUACCUCAAAUUUGGUGGCAGUAUUCACGUUAUUACAACUAUGGUCCCCUGUAACAGUCUCAUACCAGAUGAGUCGAGAAAAAUUCGAAGAAAGUUGAAAACUUCGAUCAAUAAUUUUAAUAGCUAAUAAAGCCGAUUAAAGGAACUUCAAUUAUAUGAUUAGACUUAGCUUUUUCCCCUAACUAAUCGUAAGGUGCUAUUCGGACGGGUAGGUGAGCUCACAGGGCUUAACCUGAAAAACACUACACCUUGACACUAGCAAGAUCAGUGCUUCGCUGAAUAUACCACAGAAUCGGAAUCGCGAUCUACUGAAAAAAUCCGGCGAGAAACUCAGUGGGGUGUGUCUAUGGGUUAUAUUGCACGUUGCCCUCUUUGUCGCAUUCGACGAGAAAGACUUAGCGUAUUUACAAAUUGAUAAGAUGGAAAGUAUCACGGACUGUAUUUUUAAAUCAUACAAGGCAAUACAAG